AUGGCUCGAGUGUUGGCGUUGCUUGCGCUCGCCCUUGGCGCAGGCGCUUAUCAGCAACCGUUGUCAUUCGACGAGGCCGAACAGCUCAGUAAGCUUCGCAGUGCGAUCAAGAAUGUCGUCGUGCUUGUACAAGAAAACCUCUCGUUUGACCACUUUGCUGGUGGUCUUACAUACAAUAGCAGCAUCGAUGGCUUAGUGAACCGAAAAUACUGCAACCCAGCAAACGUAUCUAUACCCGACACCUCCCGCCAAGUUUGCGCAGCCAACACCGCACAGAAUAUCGCUGCAGAUGAUCCCAAUCACAGCGUUUCCGGCAUCAACAUGCAACUUUUUGGAUCAUAUCACCCUCCCGCGCUCGCUGAAUCUUCCAUGAAUGGUUUUAUCACCGAGCAACGAGUUUCCUACCGACUGGAACGCUUGGAGAAACAGCUGGAAUUGGACAGACCCGGGAGACCUGCAAAAAUACAACAUGAUGAAACACGAGGAAUGUCACCAGAAAUGAUCGAUAUACUCGAGCGUGAACGUGCAGCUGAAGUCAUCGAUUAUUUCACACCUGAGCAUAUCCCUGUUUUCAAUGCGAUCGCAGAAAAUUAUGUUCUCUUUGACCGGUGGUUCGCUGCCGUACCCGGGCCUACCAACCCCAACAGAGCAUAUCUCACAUCGGGUACCUCUUUCGGGCAUGGGAGAAACGAUGAAGCAUUCCUUCGAUCAGAAAUGCCACAACGAUCAAUUUUUCAACAACUAUCGGAGAAGGGAAUGAGCUGGACCAACUACGAGGAAUCAACAAGGUCCAGUCCUGCAUUUUUGCCCGAUGCAAUGUUUUACGAAUGGACCGCAAAAUCCAUCACAAGCAAGACAAGCGUCAAACCUAUUGAACAAUUUUAUCAAGAUGCCGCCAACGGUGAAUUGCCGCAGUUCACCUGGAUCAACCCCGAGUGCUGUCAUUACACUUCAAUGCACCCGCCUUCCCCCAUCAAUAUGGGUGAGAACUACAUCAAGAGCAUAUAUGAAGCACUAAGGAAUUCACCUCAGUGGAACGAGACACUGUUCAUUUUGACGUGGGACGAACAUGGUGGAUUUGCGGAUCAUGUGUCCCCUCCGAUGCAAGUGCCCGCCGGUGACAGCCUGACAUACACCGAAAAAGCUGCUGACGGCGGCGACUACACAUUUCACUUCGAUCGUCUGGGUGUCCGUGUUCCUACAGUUCUCAUAUCUCCUUGGGUUGGAAAGGGUCUCAUUCAAAACAAGCCGGAUGGAGAUAGUGACUUUACCCACACUUCCAUUCUGAAAACCCUUUCUGAGCUUUGGGACUUGGACAUCCUCACACCUCGGGUAGAAUGGUCGCCUUCCUUCAAGCAUUUGAUUACAAGUGAAUACCGGGAUGAUACACCGGAGUGGCUUCCCGAGGCAGCAGACUUUUAA